AUGACGAUCAACCAUUUCUUCCUAUGGGUGACGGCCAGAAACAUGGCUACCCUGCGCACUUUCUAUAGCAAGGUCCUCGCUCCGGUUGGGUACAAGGAGCUUAUCUGCGCCCACAACAGCACGCUCAUCGGAUUUGGAAGCGACUAUCCCUAUUUCUGGCUGAAGGCGUUGCCGGAGGGAAAGCAGACUAUGCCUGUUCAUGUUGCAUUUGAUGCACCGGAUUGGGCGGCUGUUGAUGAGUUUCAUCGUGUUGCACUAGAAAACGGAGCGCAGGGGAAUGGCGAUCCUGGAAUCAGGGAGGAGAUGAGCCGGUAUCCUUACUACGCGGCCUUUGCAAUUGACAUGGAAGGGAACAAUGUGGAGGCUGUUUCUGCGCCGAGGGAGGCCAGGAACGCUUAAGAGAUUGGCCUUGUAUGUGAUGUGGUAUCAAUUGCCAUUGUGUGCCAGGCUGUGAAAUCUUCUACGCUAUCCUGUUUGUGGUGGUAUCUCGCGAUCACGGACUGAAGUAUAAGAGAGAGUUCUGUAGGAGGCUGUUCGAUGAUUCAGUCAAUCCCACGAUGAUUGCCUGUCUG